GUCCAUGUAUUGGCGCUCACGCAUCGCCUCAUGAACGAGGGCUUGGGGCUCGUGCAUGUCCUUUUAAAGUGCUGGAGGCAGGACAGCUCCGCUCCAAACCAACAGCAUGAGUAGCCUCGUAUUUUAUGCUCCACCGGUAGCUCCUCUGCUUGCUUCUUCGUCUUUCAGCGACGUACGGCGUCAUAGAUAUUCUAUUUCGGCUAGCAAUGAGAGACAUGUUGUGGCGGACUUAUCAGGCGGUGUCGUCGCAGAUACAAGCGCUCCCACAACAUCAGGAGGUAUCACAGAUAUUUGGAAAUGUACAUGGUUCAAGGAUACCGGCUCUACUAAGGUUGCAGUGAAGACGUUCCGGAUCGAGAGCACAAGCCAGGGUGACCUCGCCAAAACGCACAAAAGAUGGUCGCAGCAAAUUCAUGCCUGGGCGAAGCUCGAACACGAAAAUAUACUUCCUUUAUAUGGCAUUGUCAUGGACUUCAGCCCAAUAGUAUCGAUAGUCCAUCCUUGGAAAGAAAACGGAACUCUCUCGACUUAUUUAUCAUGCAAGCAUGCAACUUUGACCGUUCAAGAUAAAUUCAAACUUCUCGAGAAUAUCGUCUCGGGACUUCAUUAUUUGCACUCUCAUGGCAUUGUUCAUGGAAAUCUUUCUGGUGUAUGGAUGAUUCCCGUUGAAUUCGCAAAUCGAUCUAACAUAUGUGUGAAGAAUAAGGUACUGGUAGAUGCCCUUGGCAGAGCCAGUCUAGCGGACGCCGGUCUGAGUGUGCUAGUUCCAGAAAUUCUAGGCAUGUCAUACUUUCGCCUGUCAACAUCUGGCGCCAUACGGUUUGCUGCCCCCGAACUUUUCAAAAAGUCCAGUCGCGGAGAAGUGCCCCUGCCAAGUAUAUCCGGUGAUCGUUAUUCGCUGGGCAGUAUCAUUUACUUCGUCCUUUCGGGCUCUCUACCAUAUUCCACCCUGAAGGACGGUAAUGUGCUCGUCGAGUUGCUUCUGGGAGUCGCCCCAGCAUCACCCUCUGAUUCGGACAGAUCCAUCACUCGGGAGCAGUGGCAGUUCAUCCAAGGAUGUUGGUCAGAAAUCCCCGAAAAUCGCAGGACGACGAGCGAAGCUCUCGAGUUUAUAGACGUCAAUCUCGCUCUCUACGUUCCUUUCAGGGCUAUAUCCUUGACUACAGUAGAAAUGCACUCGAGGUCGAGCAAGACAGACGCCACUAAGCCUCGGUUAGUUUUGAGCCGCAGAGACUUCUCUCCGGGCGAUAUGUUACCUCCAGAUAUACAGGCGAGUUUGGCAGUCGGUUUACGUCGCUCGCGGAAUCCUGCGAAGGCUGCUGAGACUCAGGCUGCUGUAUCUGUCAUUUUAAACGACAUUUUCGACACAAGUCAUGUUGUCCCUCGGUGGGAUUCGAAGGAAACAGAACAUGCGGUAGUUAGUCACGUGUAUAAUGUUCUGGUCGAAGAUGUCAAGAUGAUCAGCGAUGCAUUACGAGUGUUGCAAACAACCAACCCGAGCGCGAUAGAAAGGUCCCUGGGUACUCUCCGUUCGACAGUCGAACAAUUGUUAUUUGACGAGAGACGGAAACAACGAGUACCUCGAACCGCUUUCAUGAUGAUCGUCUCCAAACUUCAGGACUUUUUGGACGAUCUUUGGAAGGAACUGCAUGCGAACAGAGGGAAGUUGUCAGGUGCAUUCUGGGAAUGGUUUGAGAAAUGGAUGGCAAUGAUGAGAGCAUGGGAUAAUUCGCAAUCGGAGGCUGCCGUCCAGAAUACUGCUACGUGCUUGCUAUCCAUGCUAUCCUAACACAGAUGGUGGUUGUACUUCCAGCUGUUGGCUGUUCUAUGUGAGGCAGGGCCAUACUUUACAAAAAGGCUGCAACGCCACAGCUCGAAGAGAGCCUUGGCAACCACAUCAUGGCCUUCCAAGU